GGGGUAAACAGGCCAAGGAAUAUGGCGUCAUAUUACUGCGACAAUAAUCUCUGGGGCAUGACUUUUUCGGUUAGGUUAUGAUCAAGCAGUCUGAAUCUUAACAUAGUGAUUUAGUUCAACGAUGCCUUUUCUUGGACUACUAAGAUGCAAAACUCUGCUGUCGUUACCGUGCAGAAAAACGCUGAGGACGUUUUCAAGUAAAACGGAUGGGGAAGUGCGGAUUACAGAAAUAUUAAAACACAAGUUCCCACUCGCGUCGGCGCUCAAGGUUCUGGACAUAUCUGGAGGCUGCGGUGCGAUGUAUGAAAUACACAUCGAAUCGGAUGAAUUCAGAGAGAAAAGAACGGUGGAACAACAUCAACUAGUAAAUCAGGCACUCAAAGAAGAGAUUAAAGCAAUGCAUGGACUGCGCAUAUUCACUGAUAUUCCAAAAAAGUAGAAUCUACUGUUGUGUUCUAGACAAGGCACUCAUUGAUUUCUUCACCAGUUUUAUCAUCACCUGUUGGAUGAGAAUAUAGCAGUGAUUUAAAUAUUUCAAGUAUAUUAUUACAUGCUAUAUAAAGAAAUGUCAGGGAAGCCAUUAGGUAAAAUGUAUGACAUAUAAUAUUGCUAUUUAAUGGGUUGUCUUCAUUUGUUAUGGAUUCUAAAUGUUGCAGUACGCACAAAAUGUGGCUCAUGGAUGCUGUAAUACGCACAAGAUGUUACAGUGUAGCACCUCUCACAAAGGUACACUGUUGUCCCCUGGGUAGAAGAGGACCUAGAAUGCAACUGUUUAGUAGCUGAACACACUGACUUUGUUAUCUGUAAUACAGUUAUAUUUGACAGCAUUAUACUUUUGUCAUUAUUUGGAAGGAGGUCUACUGCUAUUAUUUCCAAUACUUCUUUUUGUGUGCAUUGUGUGGAUUAAGAACUAAAAGCUAUUAAAUUGCAUACUACUUA